CAGGAUGAAGGAGCGCACAGUCACAGUAUGUGAAAGUGGAGAAUUGAAAACAGGACCUCCUCCGGGGCAGCCUCCUCCUCUUUCUCUUCUUCCUCCUCCUCCCGAACCGUGGGAUGGAAGUUUUCCGCUGCAGAGACGGGACAAAGCCGAUUCCCAAACAGAUCCAGAGGCCGCUGGAGGAUGCGUUUGGCACCAGAAACCGCACCGCCGCCACCACAAGCAUCGCCGGCAACUUACUGUUUUUAAGCUGAGGCGAAAUGCAGGUGUUGGCGCUGCUAUGGGCUUUGGCGCUGGUUUGCCUGAAGGAGUCCCGGUGCGCAGAGUGCCCGUCCAGGUGUGAUGUGAGCGCCUGCCCGAGCCCCAGCUGUCCCGGCGGCUACGUGCCGGACCGUUGCAACUGCUGCUUGGUGUGCGCCGCAGGCGAAGGGGAGCCGUGCGGGGACCGGGACGACUCGCCUUGUGGGGACGGUCUGGAGUGUCGACGCCCGGAUGGUGGACUACGGCUGUUGUCACCUUUGAGGACUUUCUGUCGGUGCAAGCAGAGCCAGGAGGUUUGCGGCAGCAAUGGGAAGACGUACGCCAAUGUGUGCCAGCUGAGGGCCGCCAGCAGGAAGGCACGGCUGCAGGGACUCCAGACAGUCAGCCAGGCUUUAGCCGGAGCCUGUCACGUUGGAGCAGGUAGUCUCAGUGCCUUCAGCACAACCCAUGCCUCCAGUCCGCGAUACAAGUUCAACUUCAUUGCUGAUGUGGUGGAGAAGAUCGCCCCGGCCGUAGUCCAUAUAGAACUGUUCCUCAGGCAUCCCCUGUUUGGCCGCAACAUCCCUCUGUCAAGCGGUUCAGGCUUCGUGAUGUCUCAGGACGGGCUGAUUGUGACCAAUGCUCACGUGGUCUCGAGCAAUUCGCCCAUAUCAGCUCGGCAGCACCUGAAGGUCCAGAUGCAUAACGGUGACGUUUAUGAAGCCACUAUCAGAGACAUUGACAAGAAGUUGGACAUCGCGACCAUCAAAAUUAAUCCUCAGAGCGAACUCCCGGUCCUGCUUCUGGGUCACAGUGCCGAUUUAAGGCCCGGAGAGUUUGUGGUGGCUAUCGGCAGCCCCUUCGCCCUCCAGAACACAGUCACCACUGGAAUUGUCAGUACAGCCCAGAGGGACGGCAAGGAGCUGGGCCUCAGGGACUCGGACAUGGACUACGUCCAGACAGACGCCAUCAUCAAUUUCGGCAAUUCAGGAGGACCUCUGGUCAACUUGGACGGCGAGGUGAUCGGUAUCAAUACCCUGAAAGUCGCCGCGGGAAUUUCCUUCGCUAUCCCUUCAGACAGAAUCAUUCGCUUCCUCAACGACUCCCUGGACAAGCACAGCAAAAGUGAGACGUCGAACGUGCCUGCCAACCCUCGUCCCUCUCCACGUCCCUCCUCUUCAGAUGUCAGACCGGUCAAAAAGCGAUUCAUCGGAAUCAGGAUGCUCACCAUCACACCGGCGCUCGUUGAGGAAUUACGACAGCAGAGGGCUGACUUCCCUGACGUCCCCGGUGGUGGCAUCUAUGUCCACGAAGUGGUUCCCCACUCCCCGGCACAGAAGGGUGGCAUCAGAGACGGAGACAUAAUCGUCAAGCUGAACGGUCGCCCUGUAGUGAACACGGCUCAGCUGCAGAGGGCGCUUCAGGAAGAGACGGCCCUCCUGCUGGAGGUCAGGAGGGACAACGAUGACCUGCUUUUCAACAUUGAACCGGACGUUAUCAUGCAAUAGACAAUGUGACCUCAAGAACAGGACAAGCUGGGAGGAAACUAAGGAACUUCUUCCAAGUCCAGAUGGCAUUAGGAGAAAACAUCUUCAGGAUGAGCUGCAGAAAGGAAGCGAGAGACACAGACAGACGCUCUGACUACAAGUCAAACAGUGCGCGUUUGCCAAGAUGCUAACCUGGUAGAUGCUAUACGCUAACCUGGUAGAUGCUAUCCUGUAAAAUGUAAAAGAUCAACACUGUUCAGUUAAAGUAAGAUUUGGGUUCGCCACGGCAACGACGCAGAGACGAAGCCAGAUUGUCAAUAAAUUCCUUGCUCCUCAACUCUCAUCUCGCUGUUCUUUCGACCAAACAACAAUCCACAAGG